ACUUCAUCCUUGAGUGGGAUCUUGGCUUUCUGUUUCUUAUCUUCAAGAUUUUUUUCUGAGAUAUAGAGGGGAACCGGAGCAGAGACGUUUUUCAGAGGUGGCCAGGCCACUGUGCUACCGCGGUCAACGGAACUACGAAUAACAGAAAAGGAGAUUUUCAUCCCAAUUCAUGAGGACUUGUUGACUCCAAAUGUGCUUGCGAGUACCUAUUCAAAAAAAAACGUUUCUUUUAUUGCGGAAUCAGAAACACGUCUACGCCGGACCAUUUGUCGCCGAAAUUCUGAUUAUGCAAGGGCGCUGCCAGCGUUUCCAUACCACAAAGUGGAACAGGCGUUGGAAAAUCCAAGAAAGAAGUGUUGCGUCCGAAGCGCUUGGAGUUUGUCCCGAUUGCCAGUUUUUAUUUAUACUUCGACAUUGAAGAGCUGAUUGCAAUUGAUCGUUUUAAGUAGAGUAGCUUAUGCGACGAUGCUCUUGUGAUCCCCGUGACCCCGUUAGCGCCUAGGUGUUCCCCUCCUUCCGUCCCGCCGAUCUUCUUCAUGGAGGCGAACGUCCCGUCGCUUCAGCAUUCAGGGAUGCCCCUCUUGCCGCCGGGGCUCCAGGGACGCAACUCUCAGCAGGGUAGCCUUCUGUCUGCUAGAGGAUCAGGCACGGUGGCACCGGAAAAUCCAACGUGGGAGGGAACAUCUGCGGGUCGCGUGCAGGCGUCACCAGCCAAGCCCGUGUCGUCCAGGAGUGUGCGGACGCCUGGUGAGCGUCUCAGCAGUACAUCAGAGUAUGCAUGUGGUAGAGGAACCUACGUUAAGGACGAUUUCAUUUAUGCCGCCGUUGUUGGAAUCGAACAGAUCGACCAUCCGACUCCCCGUGGGCAACCGACCACCAUCGAGGGAAGAGGUGGACAAAAACGGGCGGGUGGACUCCCCGUGCUUUCCGUUGUUCCCUUUGCGAAGUCUGCGUCCGUCCUCCCCACAACAGGGUGUUUCGUCCUUGCUCAGGUCGCCAAAGUAGCUCGCCACCGCGUUGAGUGUUCCAUUCUCGCCGUCGAUGGACAUACUUUAGCGGAGCCGUUCCGCGGGUUCAUCCGGUCGCAGGAUAUCCGGGAAACUGAUGUGGACUCCGUCGACGUUCUGGAAUGUUUUAAGCCGGGGGAUGUCGUUCGAGCAAAGGUCAUCUCAAUGGGAGAUGGCCGCUGCUACGUGCUCUCGACGGCCUCGGCAGAGCUUGGCGUGCUCUUCGCUCAAGGCAAGGAGGGCGGUCAACUGCAGCCUGUCACGUGCACGCUCAUGCGUUGCGAUAUUACUGGGCGUCUUCAGAAAAGAAAGGUGGCCGCUCCAGUUUUGCUUUCGUAAUCUCACACUGUUCCGCUUUGCUACAACGGCGUGUUAAUGCGGAUGAAGGAUUCUCUAGAAAACAAAACGACCGAGACAAUUAUGCACCCUCGUUAGCUUAUUUGGUGGAUCAUCACUCAGGAUACGAGCAUGUGCUCCUUGAUCAUCGGUAUGAUUCUUUCCCCGACAGAGGGCACUUGAGGUCCAUCCUGCAGGGACACGGGGUUCAACGUGAAGCACGUGUUCUUUCACGUGGGACCGCUGUUGAUCUUUUUUCAGGGAAAUUUCUUUCCCGCUUACUCAAAUUACCAUGUCUUCUAACUGUCGGAUGUAGGCGCCUGCUUGCUUUCAAUUUCUUUCGCCUGCUUGCGGAUGUAAUGGUGCAGGAAGUAAUUUGAUUAGUUUUACAGCGAUGAAUCGAGAUUUAAACUCUCUAAAGUUUCAGCGAAUGAACGCAAUGUCUCCUGUAUUCCCGAGAUAUGCCAUGCACUGGAUGUAGUCAAGCUAGUACCAGCAGCGAUUCUGCUUGUGUUGAUUCAUAAAUGGCUUCAAUAACUCGCCUUGAUUUGCCUGGUGUCUCACUUUUCAUGCCAAACCUUAAGUAGUUUCAGCGAGUAACGUCAAAGCACGAGCGCCGACAUGCAUCAGUUUUCUUAACAGCAGCGUUUUUUUAACAGUUCCCUGUGGCAACGGAAACGCAAACCACUUAACACCGAUAAAGCGUGCUAUCAUUACUUUGUCAGGCGUUAGAUUUGAUAUAGCCUUUUGACGUGGCAGCACGUGUUACAGUUGUUUCAUCGAGUGCUUAAGGGUGGCACCUGUGGGGAAAGCAGUUUUUGCAUUCAGACAAGUCACAGUGCAGCUUACACAAGGCAUCAGGAAAACCAGGUGCUUUCACACUGGCAUGAUCUGUAUAAGGCUGGAGAAAAGCUCGUGACAAUCCCUGAUGCUUCGCCAGCUCCACGUUCCGCACAUAUAUCAGUAAAGGAGCAACUAUGUAUAUGGGGAGGUGUAAGAAGAGCGGGG